AUGAGUCCAAAAUUCGAAGCAUUGUUGAACUACUUCAACUCCCUGUCGGUUGCCGAAAGCUCGGCACCAGAGACAGAUAAGCCACUGCAAACCACCAAUUUGAUGAAGCAGGUUUUCAAUUGGACGAUUUUCUCCAAUCCAUGCGGAAAAACCGGUGCAUCCAGUACCGGCAACGCUCCACCAAUCGAAGACCUGGCAGAAGAGCUGUCUGAUAUUGAAAGCAUCAAGUCCAACAAAGCCAUUCUGAGAUUUAAUCCAAAGAGAUUCCACGACCAUGAAUUCAAGCCAUACAUAUUCCACCAAUUCACCGUGGCAAAACCAAAAUCUGUGGGAAGCGAAGGCCCGGUCCCGUUAUCGCCAAAGGACCUUCGUGACAAUUCAAGCGUCACAAUUGUGACCCCUGCCAUUAUUUAUGCUGUGAAGGUGAUGGUUGGUAUCAAAGUUCGCACUGAUGAAAGCAGAGCCAGCAUCAAUUGGAAGAAAGAGAUGUUGCAGGUUUUCUCAGUUUGCUCGAGCAAGCAGUUCGCACGUGAGUUCUUGGAGUCCUUGAACGAAGAGCCAGAUGUAUUGGAUAAGUUCGAGAGGGUUCUUCCAGAGCCGCAACAAAAGUUGACCGACCAACCAGCCGACCAGCAGCAAGAGGAUGCCAAUACUGAACAACUGUAUGACAAUUUCCUUUAUUCACCAAACAUGAACGCGGACAUUGACACCGCAAGUGAGAUGGAAUGCCACUACUACAACUACGAGGUCCCGUUAGAGCCAGAAUCCAAGAUUGAGGAGCUCGCAUUGACCAAUUCGGAGCCCGAGAUGGAGCCCAAGCCAGAAACAGAGACAGAAGUGGAGGCUGAGGUUGAACAAGGGCUAGCGCCAGAACAGGAGUUGGAACAAAAGGAACAAAAAGAACAAGAGGAACAAGAGGAACAACAACAACAAGAAGAACAACAACAACUCCAAAUAGAUCCAGCACCAGCACUAGACCCAGAGCAGGAACAAAGAGACUCUUUGCUGGAUGAGAAUACCCCAAUCCAGUCAAUGUUGACCUACGAGGACGAAUACGGCAUUCCAGAAAAAACAAGUCCAGUAAACAACAAGAGCGAAUCGGAGACCUUAGUUUCGCAAGUGCCAGCACCAGCACCAGAACAUGUACCAGAACCAGUUCCAUCUCCAGAUGCAUUACCAGAUUCAGAUCCUGCUCCAGUACCACCACCAUUUCCAAGCACGGACAAACCAUGGUAUCCGCAACCAAAUGAGGACAUCUACACAGAGAUGUUCGGUGCAAACGAGUCAGAAGCAAUCAAAAAAGAAAGAGGAAGAAGACUCGGAAUUCACUUGGAGUACGUUCUCGAGAUGAAGUACAGAAUUGCGGACAGCAUCAACUACACCGGCGACAUUGAUGAGAUGGAUCCAACACCAUUUCCAGCUUUGAGACAUGCCAUCACUUCACUUACCAUCGAUACCUUGAAGCAAAUAUCGCCUCCGCCAAACUACAUUGUGCCAUAUCUACGCCGCCCAGUCCGGGAAAUCGGCCCUGAGGAUUUCAACGAGUUGUUCUACAGCUUUGAGCCACCAGCAACUGAGGUAGUUUGCCAGAAACCAGAAGUUCUCCAGGAAACAGAAGCUUACCAGCAAUCAGAAGCUUGCCAGCAACCAGAACAACAGCCACGGAUCGACAUCGACGAAAGAGAGGAAAUAAUCCAAGCACAGCAACGGGAAAUUUUCCAGAAAGGGGUGCAGAAAGGUAGAUUCAUCCGUGCACUGUUCAAGGAGCACACCUCGAGUAAAAACCCAUUCCGGAGGCUCAAAGCCAAAUACAAGAAGUUGAUCGAAGAUUUUAAAGGGCUUUCCCUCGAAGAGGAUAGGAGCGACGACUACAGGGCCUACUCAAGCGAGAUGCAAGAGCUAUUUGACCAAACUGGCAUCAACAUGUUUAUCGAUGAAAGUCUUAUUGACGCCGAGGUGGAGAAAAGAUGGAACGCCAAGCACAAGCACUGGUACGAAAAGAAGGCCUCACACUUGAAGGAAAAGGCCAUAAGAAAGCACAAGGAAAGAAAACUAGCCAAGGAGAAACGUCAGCAAGAUAAGAAGUGGAAGAAGCUGAUGGAGAAGGUGAACAAGCACAAUAUCGAGAUGAGAAAGCGCAGAGAGAGAGAGGACGCGCUUGAAGGACCUCCUAGGGUGUGGUAA